AUGGAGCCCAACAGUCCCAAAAAGAUACAAUUUGCUGUGCCUUUAUUCCAGAGUCAGAUUGCACCUGAAGCAGCAGAGCAGAUCAGAAAAAGAAGACCUACACCAGCAUCGCUUGUGAUUCUCAAUGAACAUAAUCCCCCAGAAAUAGAUGACAAGAGGGUGACCAACACCCAAGCCGAAUCACAAAAUGCAUCCCCAAAGCAAAGGAAGCAGAGCGUGUACACACCACCGGCCAUGAAAGGUACUGUUCAGGAGAGCAAAGCAGCAACAGAUGUGAUUAAUAGUUCUAAAAAAAUUACUCUACAGAAAGGCCAAGGAGGACUUCUUGAAAGACCUAGCAAAUAA